AUGGAGGUUUCUAUUUCCCCGCCGGCCCCUCUCUGCGCGGCGGCCGCAAAACUUGCGGGUGAAUGGCGGGCGCGGCGGCGCCAAAGUGAGGCUCCUGGGGGGCUGGGCCCAGCGGAGCCCGAAGACGCACGCGGCUGGCGCUGCCCGGAGCACGGCGACCGCGUGGCUGAGCUCUUCUGUCGCCGCUGCCGCCGCUGCGUGUGCGCGCUUUGCCUGGUGCUGGGCUCGCACCGCGGCCACCCGGUUGGUCUGGCGCUGGAGGAGGCGGUGCGCGUGCAGAAACUCACCCAAGAAUGUUUAAAGAAUUUGACAACCAAGAAGCAGCAGCAAGUCGGCAACAUAACCCAACAAGAUGCUGCUGAGAAGCUCAAGGCUCAUGCAGAGUCAAGUAAAACCUGGCUGACAAGGAAAUUUACUGAACUCAGAUUACUACUUGAUGAAGAGGAAACUCUGACCAAGAAAUUCAUUGAGAAAAACACACAGCUUGCCCUGCAGGCGUACAGGGAGCAAAUCGAGUCUUAUGGGGAGCAAAUCGAUGUCAUGAACAAUCUCUCCAACAGGGUCUGGAAUAUCAGCCAGGAACCCAGUCCUGUACAGCUGCUGCAGAGCCCCACGUGCCCUCGCGCGUACACGGCCGCUGAGCAGCAGAUGCAGCAGCAGAUGAGCCUGGGGGAGUCAUGCCACCCCGUGCCCCACUCCUUUGAGCCCGUCAAGAGCUUCUUUAAGGGCCUUGUGGAAGCCACUCAGAGCCCGCUGCAGACGCCACUGGACGACCGCCUUAAGGCGAACGUGAACUGCCAGCUCUCGGGCUCCUCCGGCGCCCAGCCAGGUUCCCUGCUGAAAACAAGCCCCUCACCAGAGCGAUCACUCUUCUUAAAAUACGCGCGUACGCUCACGCUGGAGGCAGACACGCUGCACUCGCGCGUGCGUCUCUCGGCAGACUGCUUGAAGGUGCGUUGUGGCCACCACGGCAACCUGGGGCUCAAUCCUGCGCUGCGUUUCGACGCGCUGUGGCAGGUGCUGGGCCGCGACUGCUUCGACGCCGGCCGCCACUACUGGGAAGUGGACGUGCUGGAGGCGGGCGUCGGCUGGUGGGUGGGCGCGGCCUACGGCUCCCUCGGCGCCUCUGCCGCAGCCCGCUUGGGCUGCAACCGCCAGUCCUGGUGCCUCGAACUAUAUGACCUCGAGUACUGGGCCUUCCACGACGGCCAGCGCAGCCGUCUGCGGCGCCGCGACGACCCCGACCGGCUCGGCGUCUUCCUGGACUACGAGGUCGGCGUCUUCACCUUUUACGACGACGGCAUGACCCACCUGCACACCUUCCGUGCCGCCUUCCAGGAGCUGCUCUACCCGGCCCUGCGGCUCUGGGAAGGGGCCAUCAGCAUCUCCCGACUGCCCUAGGGGCCGACACCUGAGUGGCCGCCCUAGGCUCUCCGCGGCUCUGGUCUCAUCCGAUCCAGACAUGGCUGUUCUACUGCCGCCUCUUUCCUUUUUGCCAGGGAGAAGGGGGACAGUGAUGAUAGCCUGGUGGAGGAGACGCAGCCUAGCAGAGGGCACACACAGGUGGCCCAGCGCAGCCAGGGCAUGGUGAGCAGGAGUCCAUACCACGAGGAGGGGACAGGCUGCCCAAGAAGCCAAGCUGCAUACGAGGUGGGACGGGAGAAGUGAAAGGGAGUAAACAGCAGCCAGAAAUGGAUGCCGUCACACUCCAGCUCCUAGCACGUCAAUUUUACGGAUUCUCGUGAGUACAACCCCGGAUUCCCACCCCACCCCACCCACACAUACAAACGCGAGUCUCCUUCCAGAAACUGUUUUGGGAUCCCCAGGAGAGGGAGGCCCUAUCCUCACAAGUAAAGAAACU